AUUACCGCUUUUUUUUUUUUUUUUGACCACAGCCCACCAUGACCGACACCUCCCGCUACCUGGUCUGCAACACCUGCGGCACGCAGCACCCCACCGCGGACCGCACCGCUCUCACGAGAUGCUUCAUCUGCGAUGAUCCCCGCCAAUACACACCCCCGUCAGGGCAGAGCUUCACCACGCUCGCCGACCUGCGCUCCUCCUCGGCGGGCGAGGACCAACGCCAACGGCACAACGAAUUCCUACCCCUGAUCCAAGACGACCCGCGUUUUACUUGCAUCGUCACCAAGCCCGCAUUCGCCAUCGGGCAGCGCGCCAUCUUGAUCCGCACGCCCAGGGGCAACGUGCUCUGGGACUGUGUCAGCUACAUUGACGAUGACACCGUGGCCCGGGUCAGCAACGAGAUGGGCGGGAUCCAGGCGAUGGUGAUCUCGCAUCCGCAUUUCUACAGCACGCAUCUCGAGUGGGCCGAGCGCUUUGGCUGCCCCGUGUACCUCGCAAGGGAGGACCGGGGAUGGCUGGCAAGGAGGGACGAGCAGAGGCAGGUUUUCCUGGACGGCGUCGAGACGAGGGUAGAGAUCAACGGGGAGGAUACGGGCGUGAGGGUGGUUAAAUUGGGAGGGCAUUUCCCGGGGAGUUUGGUCUUGCUCUAUGACGGGCACCUGUUUACGGCUGAUACGCUGAUGAUGACGCCUGCCGGGCGGGCGAACUGGGCUGUGGAUGCGCUGGGCAACCCAAGGGAGCGGCCCCAGGGGAUCAAUACCUUCAGUUUCCUGUGGAGCAUCCCCAACAUGAUACCGCUGAGCGCCGACGAGAUCGCGCGCAUGUGGGGGAUCCUGAGGAACUACGAUUUCAAAAGCGCUCACGGUCUGUUUAUGGGAGCGGAUAUUGCGGACGAGAACAUCAAGGCGCGGGUGCUGGAAAGCAUGCAGAUCCAGGUCAGGGCGAUGGGGCAUGCGGGACACGCCUUGAUGAGAGAGACGCUGUAA